AUGUAUGUUGCGAGGCGUCUUUCUGAAUACAUCGAGACCCCGGAUGCUCUUUCAGUGCCACCUGAUGGUCCGAAUUCAGGGUUUUUGGUAAUUCAAGAUGAAGAUUCAGAAACUUAUUCUUGUUUUGGUUCGUGCAAGAAUCAUCGUCUCAAGGACUUGCCUUUUCCUCAGAACAAGAAGUUAACAUUUAAUGUAAAGCAGGGCAAAAAUGAUUCUCCGUUGGACAUUUUCUUCAUUCCUGUUCUCAAUCUUCCCUUGUCUUGCAACCGUUACUAUGCAAUCCAGCCACACGGGAAACAUAAAGGAGAAGCUUUCACUAGCUCAAGGGAAGAAGACAUGGCAACCUUCUGUUUCUGUCGCCGUGUUAAAGAAAUCAAACCGAAGCCGCUUGAUCCAAGAAACGUUUAUCAGCAGUUCGAAAUCUGUGUGUGUGAGAACUCAUGUGCUACCAGGGGAUUGUUUUAUGCCAAAUCUGUUGCGCCCGAUGGCUGUCCUCCCUACUUCAUGCGGAGUAAGGGGUGGUCAGGUUGGACCAAAACCCCGAAGAACUAUCAAUUAGAUGAAGCUCCCGGACUUGAUGCCUCCCUACGUGCUCGUCAGCCAGACUUCAACUUCGCGCCAACAUACAAGACUUCCGAGGCUGUUGUGGUUGGGGAAUGGUAUAGUCCUUUCAUGUUUGUGAAGGAAGGUGCAAUGAAAUUGAAAGAUCAGCUGAAAAGGUCUCCUUUUUAUCAGGUGACAUUAGAGCAACAGUGGGAACAGAUCUUUUCGUGUCGAAAUCAGUAUUGUGAUGGCAAAUCUGUGACUGUUGAUGUCAAUCUGGAUGGAGAAACUGUGUAUGUUGCUGGAAACAGAGCUGAGUGGGUCGAGAGCAAUGUGGUAGACGGGGUAAUAUGGUUCAGGAGUCGGGGAAACGCCGCGGGAAAGGAAACAAAAGUGGGGCUGACUGUAGAAUUGGUCCAAAGGGUGAAAUGGGAGCAAGAAAGAGGUAGAUGGAAAGCUGGGAAAGAAAGGCAAUUAAAGGUAGAGAGAACAGAACAGUAUCAAGGAAAUGGUGGUUGGAAGGAAUUUGGAUGCUAUGUGCUGGUUGAAAGCUUUGUAAUCAGGAGAAUGGAUGGACCUGUGGUGAUGAAUUGGGAUUUCAGGCACAUUCAGCACAUAAAAAGCAUAUGGCAGUAA